UGUGGGCGUUGUGACGGUGGUGGGCGGUGUGCCCGCAGCGUGUCUGUCUGACUGGGGCCUCUGAGGUAAAGUAACGGCGGGAGACACAGGGAGAGGAAGCCGCUAACUCGAGGCCGGGGAUUCGCGAGGCCUGUGUUUUUGCGGCCUCUUUUGAAGGGGAAGGGAGACAUUCAUAAAAGCCUCGGCCCGCGGCUGGCAGCCCAGGCCGCCCCGGAGCAGCGGCGCCGCGCGGGACCGCACCAGAGCCCGCGGCUCGAGGGGAGCGGCCGAGGCCCCGACUGACAGACCACAGACUCACAGACUGGAGGAGGAGGGGAUGGUUAUCCUGACGUGUUUCCCGCCCCCCGAACAGGGCGUGCGGCUGCGGCAGAGCGACACCGCGGCGGUGCUGGGAGGCCGCGGCCUGGGCUCCGGCACUCUGUACAUCACUGAGAGCCGCUUGGCCUGGUUCGAUGGAUCAGGAAUGGGCUUCUCUCUGGAAUAUCCCAACAUCAGUCUGCAUGCCGUGUCCCGAGACCUGACCGUCUAUCCCCAGGAGCACUUGUACGUCAUGGUGAACGGCAAGCUCGGAGCAGAAGACAGUAAAGAAACAAACAUGGACGGAAAGGGAUCCGAGGAGGAAGAGGAUGAUGACACUGAUCCCAUCACAGAGGUUCGGUUUGUGCCCUCCGACAAAACAGCGUUGGAACCGAUGUUCACAGCCAUGUGUGACUGCCAGGCCCUCCACCCCGACCCAGAUGACACAGACUCUGAGAACGACUUCCAGGAGGAUGAUGAGGAGUACGAUGUUGAAGAACGAGGCCAGGGUGACAUUCCCACGUUCUACACCUGUGAAGAGGGUUUCUCUCACCUGAACCAGGAAGGCCAGGCCACGUUGGAGAGGUUAGAGAGUAUGUUGGCCAGCCAGCAAUCAGCAUUCCACAUGGCCGGUGUGCGGACCGACAUGUCAUCCACAGACUGCGAUGAUUCCAUGGAGGUGGAAGCUGCACCGGUGGAGGCUGGACAGUUUGACGAUGCGGACGUAGAUCACUGAUGAUCUCUGACAUUCAUCGGAGCUAGCUGGCAGCCAUGAAAUGUACCUCCCCUUUAUUCCCCCCCCCCCCCAACAAGUCACAAUCCUCACCACCAUCCCCCUAGACAGCUUAAUUAAUGGGUGGGUGGGGGAAGUAAAGAGAGGAAUUCAAACGAAAUCCAUGUCACCUGGAUGUUAAAGAGAUAGGAGUAAAAUAUUAACAAGAAGCAUUGCUAGAGCGAAGUUCCCCUGUACUGAGGCAGACAAUCCUUUUAGAUUUCGUAAUAAGCUCUUCACAACCCCGGGGAUUGUGAUGGUCACUGAGGUUGUGUUUGCUUAUUUACACACACAUAGCGGUCAUUUUGUAAGUCCUAUUUUCCCAGGACAAGCGUUACGAGAUCAAACGUGUUUAGUCAAUAAAAAAAUCGUAUUUCCUCCUUGAAACCGAACGAUAAUCAGUUUCGGAUGUGUGGUUUAUCAAGUCUCCUAAAGUAGCGAGAGAGGGGGAGAUGGUAUAACAUGUGCAGACGAUUUUGUCUCCAGAUCUGUCUGAUCAGUUAUCCUUUUGUGACCUAGUCAAUAAAAUAACUUUUAAAAGAGGUUUUGUAACUUGUUAACCCUGGCAAUGGGCUGUGAGCAAACAUUAGUGAGAGUUGCCCCUGUGUGUGAAUCAAACUUUCUACAGACUCCAUGUGUGUGUAUUUUUUUCUAAAAAAAAAUAAAAUUAAUUGCAAAA